AUCGUCCAUUGAACUCCCUUUUUUUCUCUUAACCACUGCUAGCGGGAUGCGGAGGAAGUUCCUCUGCGCUCUUUCUUAAGCUUUCGCUCCCUCUAGAUCUGAAGCGAUUUCCGGCGAAGACUAAGGUAUACGCUUAAGGGCUUGUUAUACAUUUAAAAAAUGGCAUUGGGAAGGAAUCAACGGUCUGAUAGUAGGAGUUCAUCUUCGUAUUGCUCAACAGCAACGCUUGUUGUGUUUGUAGCUCUAUGUUUGGUGGGUGUUUGGAUGAUGACGUCAUCCACUGUUGUACCAAUAGAGUUGUCCUCAUCUGGCAAAUCAGAAGUGACAGAUGAAAAUUCAGAGACAGUUGCAAAGCCCUUUGAAGAUAUUUCUAAGGUUUCUCCUAAAGAUACAACACAACAUGAUAUUCAAUCCAAAGGAGAUACAACUUCUAGCAAAACUAUUUCUGAGGCUUCCAAGGAUCAGAAUGUUUCAGGAAAUUCAGAAGACAGCACUGCUGAAUCAACCAAUGUCGAGAAGGAUGACUCACUUGAUACAACAAAACCUCAGACCUAUAGCGAUGAGAGUGGGACAGGUGAAGGUGGUGAAGUAGCAAAGACAGCUGAAGACAUAGCCACGGAGAGUGGUGGAAAUGAUUCAGGAGUUCAAAAGAACGGACAAGGUAGCAACACAAUAGAAACCAUGAAUACUGAGAUAGGAGGAAACCAGGAGCAAAAUUCUAAUCGAGGAACAAGUUCUGAGAAAAAUAAUAAUUCCGAACAAAGCUCUAAUAGAGUUAUAGGCAAUGAUCAACAGUCAGCUAAUAAGGACAAGAAUUCUGCAGAAUCUCAAUUAGAACAAUCAGAUAAUGUGAACAACUCUGAGGAAACUAUUGGAGAUGAGCAAGAACCUGAAAGUGGGAAGAAUUCCAGUGAAACAAGCAGUGAUGAGCAACAACAAUCUGAUGAUUUGAAGAAUUCAGAGCAGGUGGAGAAAUCUGAUGAUGAUGAUGCUAAGGUCGAGAAAGAUCAGGGGUGGAUAAAGGAGAAGGUGGAACAAAAUCAAGAUAUGGAGGCUGAAAAAGCUGAUGUUGAAAAUAAAACUGACAGUCAGCCAAAGGACCAGGCUGUGAAUGAUGUCUUUCCUGAUGGAGCGCAAGCAGAUCUGCUUAAUGAGACGAAUACACAAAAUGGGGCUUGGCCUACACAAUCUGCAGAAUCAAGGAAUGAGAAAGAGGUUCAAGCAUCCUCAUCGACAGUGACACAAUAUAGCUGGAAACUUUGUAAUGUCACUGCUGGGUCGGAUUACAUUCCAUGCCUUGAUAAUGAGGAAGCCAUCAAAAAGCUUCGAUCCACAAAACACUUUGAACAUCGGGAAAGGCAUUGCCCUAAGGAGGGUCCAGAUUGUCUUGUUCCUCUUCCAAAAGGCUACCGUAAGCCAAUUGAGUGGCCUACUAGUAGAGAAAAGAUAUGGUACUACAAUGUCCCUCAUACUCAGCUCGCAGUUGUCAAGGGACACCAAAAUUGGGUGAAAGUUAGUGGAGAAUAUCUAAUUUUCCCUGGGGGUGGAACUCAAUUCAAAAAUGGCGCUCUUCACUACAUUGAUUUCAUCCAAGAGUCAAUGCCUGAUAUAGCAUGGGGAAAACGGAGUCGUGUCGUCUUGGAUGUUGGUUGUGGAGUUGCCAGCUUUGGAGGAUAUCUUUUUGACAGAGAUACACUAACCAUGUCUUUUGCUCCAAAAGAUGAGCACGAAGCUCAAGUGCAAUUUGCUCUUGAAAGAGGAAUUCCAGCCAUAUCAGCUGUUAUGGGCACCACAAGGCUACCAUUCCCUGGCGGGGUCUUUGAUGUUAUUCAUUGUGCUCGUUGUAGAGUUCCAUGGCACACUGAAGGUGGUAUGCUUUUAUUAGAGCUGAAUCGGUUGCUACGUCCCGGUGGUUACUUUGUGUGGUCUGCUACUCCAGUUUACCGAAAGGUACAAGCAGAUCAGGAGAUAUGGAAUGCCAUGUCUGCAUUGACAAAAUCCAUGUGCUGGGAAAUGGUUGCCAAAAGGUGGGAUGCCCUAAACGAAGUGGGUUUGGCAAUCUAUAGAAAACCAUCAAACAACACCUGCUAUGAAUCAAGAAAGCAGAACAACCCCCCUAUCUGCCAAGAACAUGACGAUCCAAAUGCAGUCUGGAAUAUUCGCCUGCAAGCGUGUAUGCACAAGUUGCCUAGUGAUCCUGCUGUACGUGGUACACAUUGGCCUGAUUAUUGGCCACAAAGGUUGGAGAAAACUCCUUAUUGGCUAAGCGGCUCGCAGGUUGGUGUUUAUGGAAAGCCUACCCCUGAGGACUUCCAAGAAGAUUAUAAGCAUUGGAAAAAGGUUGUUGGCAGUUCAUACUUGAAUGGAAUGGGUAUAAACUGGUCCACGGUUAGAAAUGUCAUGGACAUGAGAUCAGUAUAUGGCGGUUUUGCUGCAGCCUUGCGAGACAUGAAGGUUUGGGUUAUGAAUGUUGUAUCUAUUGAUUCACAAGACACACUUCCUGUCAUUUAUGAACGUGGGCUUUUUGGAAUAUAUCAUGAUUGGUGUGAAUCGUUUAGCACCUAUCCUAGAACAUACGAUCUCCUUCAUGCAGAUCACAUAUUUUCCAUGAUAAAAAAGAGGUGCAAAAUACUUCCAGUGUUUGUGGAAGUUGACAGAUUACUUAGACCAGAAGGUAAGCUUAUAGUUAGGGAUACAAAGGAAAUCAUCAAGGAGUUGGAGGAAAUUGCAAGAUCCUUAAGCUGGGAGAUCAGAUUGACUUUUGCUAAGGAGAGUGAGGGUCUCCUCUGUGUGCAGAAGACAAAGUGGCGGCCGAACUAAGUCGAGUCAAAUACAAUUUCAUAGGAAAAGCAGCCAGCAAAAAGCAAGAAAAUUGUUGCUGCUUUCUUUCUCUCUAUUUCAUUCAAAAUCUAUCUGGGAAAUUUUAGUUUUGUAAAAGUAGAAUGGAAAUUGUGAUUGAGAAAAUGGUAUUUUAAAAUUCUCUUCCAGAAGAGGUAGAAAAAUAUCAGCUGUUCUCAGCUGGAGUGUUCCUUUUGGAUCGUUGUAGUUGUUUGCAAAAUUAGCGAGAAAAUUGUUGUGAUGGAAGUAAAAUUUUUGAAAUUUGUUGUUGAUAUGAUGGAAAAAUUAUUAUGUUCGGACACCGGACUCCGGAGUACAAUGAAAAUGCGCCACAUCACCCAAUACUGAGCAGUAUUGAGCCUCGGUACUCAAUACCGAAUGACGCGGCACAUUUUCAUUGAGUUCUGUACGGAGUUCGGCAUCCGCACAGAAUAAUUACUCGACACGAGGAGUAUAUUACCUCAUAUAAAUUUUAUACCAGUAAGGUUUCUACUGGUUCUGUCUGAUCAAGGGUGUAAUCAAUUUGUUGUAAAUGUUGAUGCUGUGUUGGGUUCAGUCUUUGAAUGCUUUUUGAAUAUUUGAUUGAAUAUUUGAAGCUCUACA